CUAUCUAAUUCACAACACACACACAAAAUCAAACUUCAUAGUCCCCAUAACAAAACAAUGAAGAUAGCAUUGCUCGCAUUGUUCUUUCUCCUUGCCUUGAGCAACAAGCCACUGCUUGGUGCGGCUGGACCCGCACCCGAGCAAGUAGUUGACACAUCUGGCAAGAUCGUUCGAGCCGGUUAUAAUUACUAUAUUAUCCCUGCUUCCCCUAAUGAGGGUGGCCUCUCCCUUGCCAGCACAAGUGAGAAUGAUUGCCCUCUUGACGUUAUAGCCGUGGACGGAUAUCAAGGUUUGCCCUUGGUAUUCCAACCGGUUAACGUCAAGAAAGGCGUUGUUCGUGUUGACACAGAUCUCAACAUCUAUUUCUCGUAUUAUACAGAUUGCGGAUCCACCGUGUGGAAACUCAAGGACUAUAACUAUGCACUUGGACAACAAUUUGUCACCAUUAAUGGUGUUUUAGGAAACCCUGGAGUUAACACCAUUGGGAAUUGGUUCAAGAUUGAGAAGUACGAGGAUGGUUAUAAGCUAGUGUAUUGUCCAAGUGUGUGCAAUGGUUGUUACUACCAGUGUAGUGACUUAGGGAUUUAUGAAGAUGAGUGGGGCAAGCGUCUAGCUUUCAGCAAUGUGCCACUCAAGGUUCAGUUUCAGCGUGCAUGAAGUUAGUUCCACCAAUCUGUUAUACUGUAUUUCUAAAUCUUAAGGAAAAACAAAUAUAAAUGUGUAGUAAAUCACAAUAAAAAUGCACUACUUGUGCUUUGUGUCCUUAUAAUAAUGCAUGGUUUCUCAAGUUGAGUUUCCUUGUAAUCAUAUAAAUUAAACUAUGAAAGUGUUAUUUUCCAAGUUUCCUUA